CGGUUUAACCUACAAUUAGCUGGACCGUUUGUAACUUUGUUCUUGGUGAUUCACUCGCACCCGGUUUAAUUUCUUUCUACACAACGCAGAAUUCAUCCCCAAAGACCAGAGCUGGCAUCUCAAGCUUCCAGCCAGAGAUGGACCGAUCGUAUCAAGAAGAACCUGAAAGUCUUGAAGCUUCAUUGCUUCAAAUGAUCCAUGAUCACAACCAUGCUUCUGCCAUACUACGUGAACGCACUGAGAAAGCGAAGAAAGAAGCGAUUCAGACUGCUGCACGCGUUUCAGAUUUGGUGGUGAAUGCAGUGAAUGAGGGUGUGCAAGAGGUCUACAUAAACGAGAAGCGAAUUGAAAUGGAAAUUCGAGCAUUGACAGCUAGGAUUAUGCUAUUUAAGAAACAGACUGAUCAGUGGCUCACAGCGUCUCAUGCUAUUAACACUGCUGUCAAGGAAAUUGGAGAUUUUGAGAAUUGGAUGAAGAUAAUGGAACUUGAUUGUAAAAGCAUUAGUGCUGCAAUCUGCAACAUUCACCAAGAAUGAAAUGACAAGGUUCUAUCCCAGUCAAUGGUUUUCACGAUGACAAUGUGGUGGGAAGCGUACUGUGAUUGCCAAUCAGUGAUGCUGAGUGGAUACAGUACUGCAGAAAGAUGCCUUGUCGACAUGUUUGGGAUCUGCUGCGGCAUUUCCCGUGCAAAUCAAUGAUAUUUCACUAUGUCUGUGCCUGCCAGUAGUAUUGAAAAUAUCAACUGUAAAUAUGUGCCUGCACUUGCAUGCAGACAUUUCAGCACCAUAAAUAGAAAAGGGGAGUCGUGUAUUUUACAAGAACCGUGAGAAUGAUCUUGAUGAACACCUUUCGUCUCCUUUGCCUGCUUAUCAUUUAAAGUUCUAAUAUAAUCAUGGUAAGAGAUUGCAAACGUUACCUAAUUAUUUUCAGUCCCAACCUGCUAAUGCUUUUCUUCUCCUUUUCUAGAAGUGUGGUGUGAUGGCUGCUAUUAUUCCUGCACCUACUUUGUCGAUUUAUAAGCACGUUGAGCACCUUUUUUAACAAACCAAUUAUAAGGGUGACAGCUAAGUGAGUGUAACCGUGGUAUUAGAAAAGCCUCGUUUUGAAGUA